AGGAAACGACGCCGUCUCGGAUCUUCCCCGGCAUGAGUCGCGUGACUUUGCCCUGACGAAACAAAACACCUUCCUCGAAUUCUAUCCAGAAAUGUCAGCCUGUGAAAAAAUAAUAAAAAAGAAAGCUUUAAAAUAAGGCAAAUUAUUUCGCACAGGAAACAGAGCUCUCAUCUAUACUCACACAACACACAAGCCCAUACCAGAGCAUAAAUUAUUUUUCAAAUUUUUAUUAAAUUCCCCACUGAUUAUUUAAUAUUUUUCAAAAUUUUAAUUGUUAUUGCGUCGUCUUCAAGAUUACGUGAACCGCCGUUUCAAGCCAAACCCACAUUAGUCUCUGUCUGGUACUCAAUAGAACAUAGUGUUUUCACUCCAAAGCUUCCGUGCACUCUUCCUCCAUGGCUUCUCUGACCCCAAUUUCACACUCACGCUCCUGUUUCACCAAACCCCACCUCCAAAUACCGCCUCCUAUAGCAAACCCUGGUUCCGGUUUCUCGCUCACGAAAAGUGGCCGACUUGGGUUUCGUCGUAGAGUGAAUAAGAUGCCUCUGAAGAUGGCGGCGGUUGUGUCCGCGACGACGGCGGAGACGCCCAGGAAGCGGUACCCUGGGGAGUCGAAGGGGUUCGUGGAGGAGAUGAGGUUUGUGGCGAUGAAGUUGCACACCAAAGAUCAGGCGAAGGAGGGGGAGAAGGAGGUCAAGGAGCCGGAGGAGCGGCCCGUGGCCAAGUGGGCGCCCACUAUUGAUGGGUAUUUGAGGUUCCUUGUCGACAGCAAGUUGGUCUACGACACGCUCGAAGGGAUCGUCCAGGAGGCGGCUUUUCCUUCAUAUGCCGAGUUCAGAAACACAGGAUUAGAAAGGUCUGAAAAAUUGGCUAAAGAUUUGGAGUGGUUCAAGGAGCAAGGCCAUACCAUUCCUGAACCUUCUUCUCCUGGUGUGAACUAUGCAGAAUACUUGAAGGAAUUAUCAGAGAAGGAUCCUCAAGCAUUUCUUUGCCACUUCUACAAUGUAUAUUUUGCCCACACUGCUGGUGGUCGCAUGAUUGGGAAAAAGGUAGCAGAAAAGAUACUCAACAAGAAGGAGUUGGAAUUCUACAAAUGGGACAGUGACCUUUCCAAACUGUUGCAGAAUGUGAGGGAGAAGUUGAAUAAAGUCGCUGAGGGCUGGACUAGAGAGGAGAAGAAUCAUUGUUUGGAAGAAACCGAAAAAUCAUUCAAGCACUCUGGAGAGAUUCUCCGUCUAAUAUUGUCAUGAUACUCUGGAAAAAUCAGUCAAGUACUCUGGGGAGAAGGACCAUUGUGCAGGCAAUGAUGCAACCCUAGAAGAUUUCUGUAUAUAUUCAAAAUGUUGUAUUUUUCUUUCUAAUUUUAAUUGUCUGUGAAGACUUGAACUCA